GGUGAGAUCCGAGCCACCUACUUCCAUGUUUCUUUUUCUUUGUCGAUAGAAAAGAUCAAAGAAGGGUGAUGCAUCCGAGGAAUUCAAGGCAUAGCUGCAGCUGGCGGUCUCACUGGAACCCCAUCGGUUGCUUGGAUGGCGAUUCACCGCAUUCGCCUCUGGUUCCGGCGGUGGUGGGGAAGGAAUCGGGUGACGCUGGCCGGAGGAUGCGCUGUCGUCAUACUUGCCGUCAUCUUUACUGUCCACUAUUGGGAGCAUGAAGAAGGGAGAGCGGAAGGACGAGGUGUCCAAGACCCUGUCUUCAGAUCACUAGAACCUCCACUUGUUGAUCUCACUUUGUUGAGAAAAGCCAAGGCUGAGGGUGCUCUUUGCUUGGAUGGGAGUUUACCUGGGUAUCAUCUCCUCAGAGGUGAAGGAUCCGGAUCUGACAAAUGGGUUCUUCACUUGGAGGGUGGAGGCUGGUGUAAUAAUGCAGAAUCAUGUGCUUCACGUGGAAGGACAGCGUUGGGAUCAUCAAUGUACAUGGAAGCAAUGCAUUUUGUUGGCAUAUUGAGCCCUUACCCAUCUCAAAAUCCAGAUUUUUUUAACUGGAAUAAAGUUAAGGUGCGGUACUGUGAUGGCGCAUCUUUUGCCGGGGACGUGGAGAGUGAAGAUCAGAGUGGAUUGAAACUGUUCUUCAGGGGUCAACAUGUCUGGGAAGCAAUUAUUGAUCAACUCCUGUCUGAGGGACUUGCAAAGGCAAAGCAGGCUUUUCUGACAGGAUGUUCUGCUGGUGGUCUUGCUACCUUCAUACAUUGUGAUAAUUUCCGCAACCGUUUGCCAAAGGACGCCACGGUCAAAUGCCUUGCAGAUGCUGGCUUUUUCCUUGAUGAAAAAGACAUUUCUGGAAAAGAAACCGUUCGGUCUUUUUUUAAUGAAGUUGUCCAUCUCCAGGGUGUUGCAAAAAGUUUGCCUAAUGAUUGCGUCACAGCUAUAGAGCCGCCCCAGUGCUUCUUUCCUCACGAGCUUAUCAAAAGAAUAAAUACACCGCUUUUUAUUCUCAACCCAGCUUAUGAUUUUUGGCAGAUUCAACAUAUUUUGGCACCAUUAGAAUCUGAUCCUGGAGGACAAUGGAGGAGGUGCACGAUGAAUAUUCGCUACUGUAAUUCUAACCAGAUUGAAAUCUUGCAUGGUUUUAGGAAAAGUUUGCUUGAUUCCUUGAACAAAUUCCAGCGAAAUAAAAAGGGGGGCAUGUUUAUCAACUCCUGCUUUGUACACUGCCAAACGAUGAGUAAUAUCACAUGGCACUCACCUACUUCUCCAAGAUUAAGUAAUAAGACUAUCGCUGAGGCAGUUGGAGACUGGUACUUCGAAAGAGGAGUGGUGAUGGAAAUUGAUUGCCCAUAUCCUUGCAAUCCCACAUGCUUUAAUUUGGAAUUCAUCUGAAGCAGGUCUUAUUGAAAACUUUUAGAAGAGAGCUGAAAAAGAUAAGUGAGGAAGAGACUGAAGAUAGAUAGAAACCGGUUUGGAGGAUGUCAAAUAUUGCGAGGAGAUGUAAGACAUUAUGCAAGAGACGCAAAACGUCCAUGAAGAUUUACUGCAGCAAACUACGGGAUAUAAGUCAGGGAUAUUAUCGGUAAAUUUUAAACUCUGAAGAGGUUUUACUAUUUUUCAUUUGAAAAUAUAGAUAUUUUAAUGGUUUAGGGUGUAUUGUUCUAAUUUGUUUUGCUCCUUCAAAUUUAUAUUACUCUGCACAUUCUUAGUUGCAAGUUUGGAUUCUAUGUGCAAUUUUAGAUAAAGACAUAAUUUGAUAUGUAUUACUGUUGUGUAUUACCACUUGUGUGUACCUCUGUGUACCUCUUUUGUGUACAUAUGCGUUAUGCUUCUGUGUGUCGCAUCUUUGUAUCUCUGUGUACCUUUGUAUACCGUUGUUGUGUACCCGUGUACCUCUGCCGUGUACUGAUGUGUACUGCUGAUUUUUGUGUACUGCCAUGUUUAUAUCAGAAUGUUAAAAAUAUUUUUUUUGUGCACAUGAUGUUUAUAACUCUGAGAAUGAAGCAUAUAAUAUAUAUUAUCAUUAUGCUCAUAAUCCUAGUUUUAGUGUUCACAAAGAACAUCGCAAUUACUGACACAAUUCAAAAAAAUA